CUGCCCCUUGCGCUCUAAACAGUAUGUCAUUUGCAAUACCGUUGUAUGACACAGGACUGAUCUCUUUUCAAGCCCUCAGCCGACGCACAUCAUCAUCAUAUUAAAAAGGAGACGCGAAGCUCAGAAACAUGGCGGCUUUCAAAGUCUUGUCGAGAGCGGAAAAAGUGAUAUUCAGAAAUUUAUCUGCUGCCUUCAGAUCAAACAUCGCCGCUCAUCGAGUGAACAAGACAUGUAGCUGUUAUUUCUCCACGUCCAGCGGCCGGAAGUCCAGAUUUUACACAGACUCCUCAGAAGCAGUUAAAGACAUCCCCAACGGCGCCACCCUACUGGUGGGAGGGUUUGGCCUGUGUGGCAUUCCUGAGAACCUCAUUAACAGUUUGCUGAAGACCGGCGUGAAGAACCUCACCGCUGUCAGCAAUAAUGCAGGGGUGGAUAACUUCGGGCUGGGGCUGCUCCUGCAGUCCAAGCAGAUCAAGCGGAUGAUCUCGUCCUACGUGGGCGAGAACGCGGAGUUCGAGAGGCAGUACCUGUCUGGGGAGCUGGAGGUGGAGCUCACGCCCCAGGGCACCCUGGCAGAGAGGAUCAGAGCGGGCGGAGCAGGCAUUCCCGCCUUUUUCACCGCCACGGGCUACGGAACCCUCAUCCAGGAGGGCGGGUCGCCUAUCAAGUACAACAAAGAUGGCACCAUCGCUAUUGCCAGCGAGAAGAGAGAGGUGCGGGAGUUCAAGGGAAGGCAUUACAUCAUGGAGAAGGCGAUCACCGGCGACUACGCGCUGGUCAAGGCCUGGAAGGCCGACAAAGCCGGAAACGUGGUGUUCAGGAAAACGGCCAGGAACUUCAAUCAACCCAUGUGCAAAGCGGCCAAGAUCACCAUCGUGGAGGUGGAGGAGAUCGUGGACGUGGGGACGUUUGCCGAGGAGGACAUCCACAUCCCCAGCAUCUACGUCCACCGCGUCGUCAAGGGCAACCAAUACGAGAAGAGGAUAGAGAAACGAACGGUAAAGAAGGACCAGGCAGAGGCGCCCAAACCCAAGAAGGAGUCGGACCUGGUUCGGGAGCGAAUCAUUCGCAGAGCCGCUCUGGAGUUCGAAGACGGGAUGUACGCGAAUCUCGGCAUUGGGAUCCCAAUGCUGGCCAGUAACUUCAUCAAGCCCGACAUCACCGUCCACCUGCAGAGUGAGAACGGCAUUCUGGGAUUGGGCCCCUACCCAACGGAAGCGAACGUUGACGCCGACCUCAUCAAUGCCGGGAAAGAGACCGUCACCGUGCUUCCUGGCGCUGCCUACUUCUCCAGCGACGAGUCCUUCGCCAUGAUCCGAGGGGGCCACAUCAAUCUGACGAUGCUGGGUGCCAUGCAGGUGUCCAAGCACGGAGACCUGGCCAACUGGAUGAUUCCGGGUAAAAUGGUCAAAGGCAUGGGAGGAGCCAUGGACCUUGUCGCCAGCGCUGGAACCAAGGUGGUGGUUACCAUGGAGCAUUCCGCGAAGGGGGGCGGACACAAGAUCCUGGAGAAGUGCAACCUGCCGCUGACAGGGAAGCAGUGUGUGGAUCGCAUCAUCACCGAAAAGGCCGUCUUCGACGUGGACCAGAGCAAAGGCCUCACCCUGAUCGAGGUGUGGGAGGGGCUAACGCCCGAUGACAUCAAGAAAUGCACCGGUACCGAUUUUGAGGUAUCUCCGAACUUAAGACAGAUGCAACAAAUCUAAAUGUUCAGGAACGAACAAACUUUUCAUUUUUAUUUGAAACGGUACGAACGCCAAGUUCCCAGUCAUUAUCAAAACGAACAAAGUGAAGAAAUCAUAAACAUUUCCGCUGCCUCUGUACGUCUGUGAAUGGAAAUGUGUCAGGAAUGAUCGAGGCAUCUUGCGCAGCAUUCUCAUUACUCAAACUGACUGAGACCGAGAGAAACAUCUAGAAGGCUGAUCAUGCCUGUGGGGGUAAGAUAUGUAUUAAGCGCUCUGCGGUCGAAAUUAUAUCGGGAAUAGAUCCCGUCUGCUCCGGUGGGUAGUGCCGAAAUGAAUCCCCGUCUGUGACAUUUCAAGCCCAGCUCUUAUUGGGUUUUAAUUUAGUUUUUAGUCUACCUUUUUUUCGUUUGAAACGGAAUUAGAGUAUGUGCUAUUGUUUUAAGUUAUUACUCGCACGUGCUCACUGAGACACACACAUUGGCCUGUCGGUGGUAACAUUUUUGAAGCCUUACCUUUCCUGUCGGUGCCCUUUGCGUGUUCUGUUCUUCCUUUGUAAAUAAAUAUGUGCGGUUCGUAAAAAUCA